UUUUAGAGUUAUUUCAUAUUCAGACGAUUUGUAUCGAAUCGAACUGGCCUCUUUUCCAAAAUUAAAUUUAGUUCUUGAACGUUACAGGUAGCACUACCAUGCAGUCCGAGCGCGGUGUUGCCUUUCUUUCAUCACGGCUCGUACUUGACGUCGGCUGUGAUAAUAGAAAUAUUUCUUCUGCUUCAGGGUUGUACUUGCAUGCAAAAUGUGUUAAAGAUAUUUUCUAUGCUUACACAAGUCAUUAUAUGCAAGUGCAACUAGCAGUAUUUAUAUGAAACUCACUAAUUUACUUGUGACAUUCUAUUGAACUUUGUGCAACAAAGAAUGUCGCGAUACGCCGCUGACAUGUGUAGUUCCCGCUGCCCGCAGCAAUACGCCCCUGUCCACGAUUUUUUUUAUCGUACCUCAGCAAUUGAUACGGAAAACCGACACCUAAUACACAGCAGCAUACCAAUAAUACCAAAACAAGUGUAGAUUAUACACUUUUUCCGUUCACUCCGUACGAAAAAAGCAAUAUCCUAAUAUCCAUCUUAUCUGUACACAAUAUGCGAGUGGAUGUGCUGGUGAUAACCGAACAGCGAACAGUGUAAAGUACGCCGAAAUAAGUGAAAUGUCUGUCGACAGUGACGAUAUUGAGAAAGGAUCUGAGAAGCACCUGGAUGCGCGGAACAGGGCCCCUAAGGAAUACUUGGAUAGUCGAGAAAGAAUUCCUGAUGAUAACAGAUUGCUGAUCAAUUCGGUUGCUAGUGAGAACCUGGAGAACUGGGAUAGUCGAGAAAGAAUUCCUGAUAAUAACAGAUUGCUGAUCAAUUCGGUUGCUAGUGAGAACCUGGAGAACUUGGAUAGUCGAGAAAGAAUUCCUGAUGAUAACAGAUUGCUGAUCAAUUCGGUUGCUAGUGAGAACCUGGAGAACUUGGAUAGUCGAGAAAGAAUUCCUGAUGAUAACAGAUUGCUGAUCAAUUCGGUUGCGAGUGAGAACCUGGAGAAAGACCCUAAGGAAUACUUGGAUAGUCGAGAAAGAAUUCCUGAUGAUAACAGAUUGCUGAUCAAUUCGGUUGCUAGUGAGAACCUGGAGAACUUGGAUAGUCGAGAAAGAGUUCCUGAUGAUAACAGAUUGCUGAUCAAUUCGGUUGCUAGUGAGAACCUGGAGAACUUGGAUAGUCGAGAAAGAGUUCCUGAUGAUAACAGAUUGCUGAUCAAUUCGGUUGCUAGUGAGAACCUGGAGAACUUGGAUAGUCGAGAAAGAAUUCCUGAUGAUAACAGAUUGCUGAUCAAUUCGGUUGCUAGUGAGAACCUGGAGAAAGACCCUAAGGAAUACCUGGAUAGUCGAGAAAGAAUUCCCGAAUUUCCAAUCAAUUCGGUUGCUAGUGAGAACCUGGAGAAAGACCCUAAGGAAUACUUAGACGGUCGAGAAAAUAGUCCUAUGCUCGACUUAAAUAGUCGAGAAACAGUUCUUAGGGAUGUUAGUGAUGAGAUACCAUUGAUCUGUGCGGAGUGCACUAGUGACGACGUGGAGGAAGGCUUUAAGGACUUGGAUGCCCCACGGGUCCGUAAGGGUGCCUUUGAGAACCCGAUGGUUGAAUCUUCGGGAUUCCUGGAGACUAGUGACGUUUUUUAUACUACGGCUAAGGAUGCGUUAUUUCCAACGCCAGAUGUUUCGCGUGUUUGUGUUGAUGAUGUCACCGAGGCGUACGAUGAUAGUGACGUCAGAUAUUCGUAUAUGGGCGUUACCAGUGAUGAGGCGGAAGCACGACUAUGGGCGAAAAGACAGGCGCGCGCCGAAGCGCGAGAAAUACGUAUGCGCGAGCUGGAGCGGCAACAGCGCGAGCAAGAAGAAAACGCCGAUCGACAGUUCGACAUGCUGGCCGGGGCGGGGCAAGACUCUCCGGUGGUGGGGGCAGCCGCGGUUGCGGUGGGGGCGGCGCUUAGCAGCGUGGGCGGCGGUUCAGCUGUGAGGACGCCCAGGUCGGCGGCGAGGUACAUGUCGUCGAGGAGGAGCUCGGAAGACUCGCUGGAGGAUACGGGCAGCCUCAGGGAGCUCAGACAUGAGCUCAAAGAGGUCGAAGAAAAAUUCCGCAAGGCCAUGAUAGCCAAUGCCCAGCUGGACAACGACAAGACGGCGCAGACGUAUCAGAUAGAACUUUUGAAUGAUAGGUUAGAAGAGUUGGAAGAAGAGCACGCGUCCUUGAAACGUGAGCAUCGUGACAAGUGCCGGGAACACGAACAGCUAAAAAGGCUUUGUGCGCAACUGAAGGACGAAUUGACGGCGGCAAAGUUCGAAUUGCAGGAACGAGAUAGGCUGAUAGCAGAAAAGGGGUUAGUGAUAGUGGAGGGAGUAGAAGAAGACGGAUCAGGGGAAGUGAAACGGGCACUUGUGACAGCCGAGAACGCCAAGUUGCUGGAAACUGCUGGGGAAGGAAGUCUAGACGUACGAUUGGCCAAGUUCGCGAAGGAGAAGAGUGAGCUGCAGGAUCAAAUUAGCCAUUUAAAAUUAGAAUUAGAAGAGGAAAAGAGCAAAAGACGGAAACCCGGAUCGAUAGGUCACCUCAACGGCCCAUCUUCAGAUUAUGACUAUGACGAUUUACAAAGAGAGGCAAGUAAACAGCUGGCCGACUACAAAUUCCGCGCUCAGAAAGCCGAGCAAGACGUCGCAACGUUGCAAGCGACUGUGGCGCGACUGGAAAGUCAAGUGAUCAGGUAUAAAACGGCGGCCGAAGUGUCCGAACAGUCAGAAGAGGCGCUGAAGGCUGAAAAGCGAAAAUUGCAAAGAGAGGUGUACAAUGCGAAUCAACAGUUAGAGGCAUUGGAGGCCUCAAACGUCGCUCUGAGCAAGGCGCACAAGAGGCUGACUUGUAGAAAGGUCACUGGAACCUAGUAGUGGUCUUGCAGUAGUAGUGUUACUGUGAUGCAAGAGACGCUCUGAGCCGCGCCGAAGAAUUGGAAACGUCCAAUACGCAUUUGCUGAAGAGGUUAGAUAAGUUGAAAAACGCAAAAUCGGCUUUACUCAAAGAACUUUGACACUAGAACGUCGAAUAGAAGGAUAAGAGUAUACAGUAUAUGUAAAACGCCAGAUGUCUUUAUCACAGUCCGUAAAAUGACAGGUGGACUAAAAUCCCUCAAAAAUAUAAGGUUACACAUUUUUUCCAUCUAAACGUGAAACUCAUGUAUGUCGUAUAGGCGCUAAAAAAAUCACAUUUCAAGUAAAUGAGGUUUGAUUUAGAGGAGUCCUGGGGUUUGAUCGUUUUCAACAAUUGGGAGUGACAGAAGAGUUGUCAUAUGGCAAAGAAGGUGGUCUUUUACUUUCCUAAAGUCUCACUAGUACCUUGGUUAUCAACCACUGAUUUGUCGCUUGAUGCAGAAUGUGUUUUUCUAAACAUAAGAAUCAAAAUAGGCAGGGUUCUGCAUUCCACAAGACAAAUAAAUAGACAAGGAAACCUUAACCAAGUCUAUAACGAAUUUUCAGAUUCUGCUGUCACUACCAAGUAUUGAGACCGUCAAUGAAAUAAGUCUAUUUUUUUACAAAAUUCUAUUUAUUUAAAUAAUGUUUUUGAAUGGACUGUAUACUUUCUUUUAACUAGUGAUUGUCGCGAGAUUUUUCCCAUAAUUCUGUAUAUCAGUUUCUUGUAAAUAUAUGUAAUAUUAUCUUAUCUCAGGAUUACAAUAUCCGUACCAUAUUUGUAAGAACGCAUUUUUAUAUACCUUAUACAUUCGCGCUAAAGAAAAAAAAUCAUUUUGCGUACGAGUGCUUUUAACUGUUUUUUUUUUGUUGGUAGGUGUCAAAAGGUGCUAGAAUAAUAAAUAUUUUGAAAGAGGUGAAAAGAAACGGACAAAAUCAAAAUGUGUCGGUCUCAUGUUAGAUGCUUCCUCAGCUGGGACAUUCUUUAUGUUUUCACAGCAAAAUCUGUAAGAUUCGUCAUAUGUGAUACUCAAAUUCCUCUAUUUUGCUACAUAGCAAAUUUUUAAAUAAAAACUAUGUAUAUUAUCUACCUAUCUACGUUUUUUGCUUUAACAUGAUUUUUUUUCACCUCUAUUCUGCCAACUUACUAUCAAAACUAAAAAUCAAUACAACUGUUUCAAUAUAUUUUGCAAUACGUAAACUGGCUAGAUUUGUCAUUUUUCACACUACACAUUUAUCACUGACAGUAGAAAAGCAAAUAGAAAAUCAAAAACAGACGUCAAAAAGAAUUUUUCUUUCCACCAGUUCGUCUUGCGUCUGUUGCUCAUUUUUUCUUUACUUAAUUUUUAAAAAUAUGUCACUUUCAAGUGUUUUUUUUAAAUACUACAAUUAGUUCAGGAUAUAAUUUAAUGUGCAAAAUGGAAGAAAAGGGCAAGGAAGAAUAACCCAGAUCUUGUUGGUCCAUUUUCUUUCAAUAAUAUUGCCUUGUCGGCCGUUCCCGCCCGAAGUGUGAGAUUCUCCAUUAUCACGUUUGAAGCGCUCGCCAUAAGCUCACGAUGAAAGUGUCAAAAUUCCGCAAUUUGGCUCAAUCAGGAAAUGUGUGUGAUAUUUUAAUCAUAAAAAUGUUUUUAGAAACGUUACUGUUCGAGAAUAAUUAAUCCGAAGCGGUCUAGCCUAAGUUCUUCAUUUUAAAAGGUUCUAACCAGCAGUGGCUAAAGUAACGCUUACAUUUAUACUAUGUACAUAUGAUAUUAUGUGAUUUUUUGUGUAUACUCAUAUAAUAAUCAUUUGGUAAAAGGUAAUAGAAAAAAUAAACUAAUUUAUGAAAGAAUA